GAUGUCAAAAUGGAGCAGGAAAGAUCACAAAUUCAAAUACAAAAUGUUUGUGGCCGACAUGAAUCUCCUCAACAUGGACGCCGAGAACCGGGUGGUGCUGAACGUCGGCGGCAUCCGCCACGAGACCUACAAGGCCACAUUGAAGAAAAUACCGGCGACGCGCCUCUCUCGACUCACGGAGGCGCUCGCCAAUUACGAUCCCAUAUUAAACGAGUACUUCUUCGAUCGGCAUCCCGGGGUCUUCGCUCAAGUACUUAAUUAUUACCGGACUGGAAAAUUGCAUUAUCCAUCGGACGUUUGCGGCCCACUGUUCGAAGAGGAAUUGGAGUUUUGGGGAUUAGACGCAAAUCAAGUGGAACCAUGUUGUUGGAUGACUUACACGCAGCAUCGAGAUACACAAGAAACAUUGGCGGUGCUGGACCGACUAGACCUGGACACCGAAAAGCCGAGCGAGGAAGAAAUCGCGCGUAAGUUCGGUUUCGAGGAGGCGUACUUCAAUGGCACAUUGUCAUGGUGGCAGGGCAUGAAACCGAAGAUUUGGUCCCUGUUCGACGAGCCGUAUUCAUCAAACGCUGCCAAGGUGAUCGGUAUACUCUCAGUGUUCUUCAUAUGCGUUUCCAUCGUUUCGUUCUGCCUUAAAACGCACCCGGAUAUGAAGGUGCCGGUGAUACGCCGGGUGCAGGUGCGUACGGCGGACAACGACACCUCGUUCGUCAUCGACAAAACCAGUACCGAGGCGCACGUUGCCUUCUUCUACAUCGAAUGCAUCUGCAACGCGUGGUUUACCUUCGAGAUACUCGUACGCUUCGUCGCCUCACCGAACAAGUGCGAGUUCAUCAACUCGUCGGUGAACAUGAUCGACUAUAUCGCGACGGCCAGUUUCUACAUCGACCUGGUGCUACGUACGUUCGCCAACCACUUGGAGAACGCCGAUAUCAUGGAGUUUUUCUCGAUCAUCCGCAUCAUGCGGUUGUUUAAGUUGACGCGCCAUUCCUCCGGCCUGAAGAUUCUCAUCCAGACGUUCCGCGCCUCGGCGAAGGAGCUAACACUGCUGGUGUUUUUUCUCGUCCUCGGUAUUGUCAUCUUUGCCAGCCUCGUGUAUUACGCCGAACGUAUUCAGAUAAAUCCGCACAACGACUUCAAGAGUAUACCGCUGGGCCUGUGGUGGGCGUUGGUCACUAUGACCACUGUUGGUUACGGUGAUAUGGUACCAAAGACGUACAUCGGAAUGUUCGUCGGCGCAUUGUGCGCUCUUGCUGGUGUGCUCACCAUUGCUCUGCCCGUGCCUGUCAUCGUCUCCAACUUUGCCAUGUACUACAGUCACACGCAGGCACGAGCAAAGCUGCCGAAGAAACGCCGACGAGUAUUACCCGUGGAGCAACCGCGUGGACCAAGAAUACCUGGACAGGCGCAGGGCCCAGGCGGAUGCCCCGGUAACGUGCCCCCUGGUGGACCCAUGAGUGGUCCGAUGGCGCAGAAUCGGCGCAUGAACGCAAUCAAGGCGAACCAUCCCAAGGAGAUGAUGUCGGGCGCCCAGAAGAUUGGUGCGCUCUCCGUCGGCAUGACGGCGCCGUUCAACACCAACGGCGUGAAGAUCGCCGACGGCGGUGGCGGCGGCGGCGGCGCGCCGACGACGCUCCCGGCAGACGGCGACACCACCACCACCACGAUCACCGGCGGCGGUGACAGCGGUGUGCAGGACCAGCUCAAGAUAAACUCGCAGGUCACCCUUGAUCCGGUCACCGGCCAGUGCUUCACCUCCACGAUCAAGCAGCCGAUGUUCUAACGGCGCGAGCGGCGGCCCGCCGGUGGUAAGGCUGAGCGUGUGUCUCGGAAUCUGACCGGGAUGAAGUUAUGUGCCGUCGGCAAAUCAGCCUGCAUGAACCGCUCUAUUCCAUGGCGGUGGUUCAUUACGAUCUACUUGGUUAAAUAUUCGAUUUUAUCGAGUGGAGUGGCGUUCGCCGCGUCGAAAAUUGAUUGAUUCGCCGGCGUCGACACGCUCGUUUUUCGCAAUUAUCGCGCGCCUGCCGUUUCAUUUGCAUUUCAUUAUGCAUGCGUAUUACUUUUUCUCGCCGGCGCGCCGCAUGCUGCAAAAUACAACAAUCUCAACAUAUCAACAUCAAUCGGUAAUGGAAAUUACUUUGGGCGCGCAUUUUUCAAGUUUGUGCGUGGAGUGUAAAAUGGCGGUCGCAACAUGAAAUGUUAAUUGAUCUCAAUGGACGUGAAGUACAAGAACGAGCUAAUUCUCGACAUAGGCGGGUGUCGGACUGGAUGAAGCACCGGCGCGACAUGACGUCUUCAUUAUGCACCAUGAAUCAUUGCGCUACAUGCACGCAUCCGGUAUCCUACUGCUGCUCCUGCUGCUGUUCAACAUUCAUACGCUUCUUUAGCUCUCGGAUUAUUUGCGUAUAAAUAUUACGUCUUUAGCAGUCUAACUCGUUUUAUUUCACAUCACACAUUAUACAAUUGCAUUUAACUCUUCUGGAAUAUCGAAAAUACGGCUGGCGUGGCACUUUUAUGAACACUUCGGUUUUUAUUCGCCGCCGCUGUAAAAGGUAUUCAGGUUUCUGAUUCUGACAUGCCAUCCAUGCUCCCUUUAUGUGCGGAUGUGGAUAUUGAAGUGACGUGCGAAUACUUUUCGUAACUAAUUCAGAUUUUAAUUUUCGAAAUGUGUGUUUUUGUGUUGUGCGCGGAGCGAGUGAAUAAGCACGUUUGGAAAUUCGACUAUCAGUGCAAUUUCCAGGCGGUGGCGGCGGCGCGGCGGCGGCAGAGGAGAUGGAACACGCUUUUGUGUCGCGUGCGUUCGGGGAGCAGCCACAUAUGCAGAUGCCGCGCGCUUCGCGGUUGCCUUUCCCAUUCAAGCCGGUGCCGUGCCGUUCGUUUGUUAUUUUAAUCCGACUGGAGUAAUUCUGGUUCAUUAAGAUGUUUUCUAUGAUUUAGCACUGAGUGAGGGCGCCGCAUUACUCGGCUGCGUGGCUUCGCCGUUGAAACUAAUUUCAGCAUUUUGGAAGAUUAUACCUUCGUUCCCAUGCGCCGCAGGAAUAUGUUGCUAUAAAUAGUCAUAAACGCUGCUUUAUUCAACGUUUUCGAAAAUUUAUCAAUGCGGGAGCAGCGAAAAUCUCCGAGCUCUGGGAUGCAGGGCAUAUUAAGUAAAUGUAGUACGUACAUGCGACACAUUUGUGAUCAAUAUAUUGGUAAGUCGCUCUAUAAAGACGUGCGUGUUCAAUGGCGUUUUUGAAGCCGGCGGGCUGCGCUAAAGCUCCGACAUAUUAGUUACGAACGACCGAGCAGCGCUCGCCGCCGAAAACGGGUCAAAAACCAAAAAAAAAAAAAGAAGAGAAUAUCUGGCGACGCGGAUAGGAGAAAAAACUGUGUGAAUGCACCAGAUCGUGAGAAGAUAGUCCUCAUUCAACAUUGAACAUUCAAAAAGCGCGCUGAAUGCUGGCCGCUCGACGUCAAAGGCUCGAUUUUUCAUAACGAUAAUCGAUGAUAAAGUCAAAAAGGGUUCUAUUUAGUGGAGCGACCGGCAGGCACGUGCGCUAUUUCAGAAAUUUCCAAUAUAAAUUGAUACAAAUUGCUGCGCUGCCAUCGAGUUUCAAGCGCGUCGAGCCAAUAAAUCGUUAAUUGUUUCGGUUGAAAGCGAAUUAUUAUUUUUAAUCCCGCUUUUAGCCAUUCAAGGUUAGUUUUUGCGCUAGUUUUAUUCCAGCUGGAAAAUUCCACAUCUCUGUGUUCUUUUGUAGCGCGUGCGGAAGAUUUUCGGGGGUUUACAUCGUUUGGGUAUCAUAACUAAUUCAAUUUUCACGCAAAGAAUGCUAUGAUAAGUCGCAGUCAAAAAUCCUUCCCCCUUGACGCGCUAUUGAUGGAGUUCUGUCAUCUCGGGCGGGAAUGUAUAAUGCAUGUCGUGCAACAAGAUUUCGGCGGACUUUUUUUCCGCGUCGUUUUGGGAAAGCGGCGCGGCACGUAACGCAACGAAACGCCGACGCACGAAACGUGCCACGCCACUUUUCCAUUCCGCGUUUGCCGCCGCCGGCCCCCCGCUUCCACCGCGGACGGCAUUGCCGCCGCCGCGCGCGCGUCCCUUUUCCGGCGUAUCGAUCUUAGUGCCACCACCACCACCAGCACCGCUGCCGACGCAACAUGCCGCACGAAAUCUAAGUGCCUACGUACGGCGAGCCGGUGUUCGCGCGCCGCCGCCGCCGCCGCUCUCCAUCAGCGUUUCCUUUCAUGUCGCGCAGGAGCCGCAUUUGAUACGCGCCUGAAUUCGAAUAUUCAUAUUAAUUUUAAAACAAAUUACGAAUAAUGUAUCCAUUUCGGGUGGCCGCGCACAGCCACCACCACCGCCAGCCGGAUAAGAAUACACCAGUCCCGCCUGCGAAAUUGUAUCACACAUAAUGUGGAAAAUUAUGAUGCAAAUUUCGUAAUUACGCCGUCGAAUCGGGAUGAAUUUGUUUUGCCGACGCGUAAUUAUUAUGCAAAUUCGCUGCUCGCACUACAUUUUUACUUUCGCGUAAUUAUGUAACUUGCUAAUUCUCCAAACUUCACCAGCGCGUCGACACGAUACAAAUCUUUCAUCACUACUUCGCUCGUUUCGUUAUUUCGUCGCGCGCGCGUUCAAAUUAAAAACAUCACAAUGUCGUCGUCGAGGACGUCGCGACGUCGCCGACGCCGCAGUGCCUUGCCGCUCGACUUCGGAGAUAAAUGCAAUUUCCAUUCUUCAUUUUCCGAACGUGAUUAAAACGAAUCUUUCGGUCUCUCUGCGCCGAAAAGUCAAAAGUUAAACAAAUAAAGAUAAGUGGACGCGAUUAAAAGUCAGACUGUAAAAGAACUUUUAUGAUAGUGCGUAGAUUACAAUAUUUUUGUUUGCAAAAAAUUUAAUUUGCCUCAAAAUUGACUUAAGUCAAAAUAAUUUUUAUUCACUCGAGUGUUUCAUAAUUUACACACUUUGCGUGUCGAAAAAUCACAUCUUCACACUUCCUCUGCGAUUAAUUAGUUGUAAUUUACGACUGUAUGCAGUACCGGCCGCCAUCAAACACGCCAUUCUAUUCUCAUGUGUACUCGCAAGCGUUCGCCACGUCUACACUCGAUAGAAGCGAUGUGAGAAAAAAAAAACUGAGUCCAUGCAAACAUUGAUGUCGUGUUUGUCGAGCGCAGAAAUUUCCAUGUUUUCUCGGAAAAUAUCUGCGAGCGCCUGAUUGAAUCCUUAAAUAGCGCGGUCCAUGCCACACGCCGCGACACCUCAGCCUAUUCAAAGUGAAACUUUUCGUAAAACCCAACAAAUACAAUAAUUAAUGGAGUAAAAUGCAUAAAGUUAUAAACCUAGCGAUACACAGUUCAGUUUUGCGUCUGACAUGUACUUUUAUAAUCCGAUUGAAUAAUGAUCGCAAUUACAAUUAAGCUACUACAUGUAAGCGCAUUUGAUGUACGGCUCUGGACUCGAUCGGAAUUUGAAUUCGCGUUGCUUUGUAAACUAUGCUUUUAUCAGUUUCGAUUCACACCACAGCGGAAGCCAGCGCAGGAACAAGUGAACAAUGUGUGGUCGAAGGAAUGUACUGCCAUUAGAAAUUACUAUAUGUAACUAUGUACGUACGAAAGUAAAAAUAUCGUCAUUAUCACACAGUCUUGUUACGGAGGACGCCGUGUGGUUGUCAUAGGCACUGUUUCGCUGCUAAAUAAUGAAAAUUACUUAUUUACCAAUCGAAAUUGCGCGAAGACGUUGAGCUGCCUGCGUGAUAGAUUUAUCCGAGGAAAAAGUUUGGGCUGAAUUAUGAAAACGUCUAGUUAUUGUAAAAUUAAUCCAUGCGAUGUCUACGCUUCAUCUUGCAUAAGAAACGAGCGCGUUGAUAGCACGCCAUGUUUUGUUUUUUCGGACGCGAACUUGUCGUCGGGACCAAACUGAAGUGAUGGACAUAUUUUUGCUGUCGUUAUUUUUCGUCUGCAAAUCUCCGAUGUUGUGUUGGUUGUUUUUUUUUUCUCUCGGUUUGUUUCUCGUUGUUGAUGUUUGUGCUUGUGCGGAGAUGAUGAAAGUUUUGGACUCGAAGCGUUCAGCUAACACACGUGUACAUAAAUUUCCACAGCGAACAAAAUGCCGAUUUUAAAGUGUCAUCCAAAGUGACAAUAAGAGACCAUUGGCAUAGAAUUCUCCACACCUGCUGCCCAUUUGCCGUUUGUCAUCUUGUCAGCUCGCAGUCGCGCAGCGUUUUCUACAUUUAUUCACUAGAUGAGCGCUGCGAGCGAAUUCAACAAUUACUACGAACGCAUGCCGAAUGUUUUCCACGAUGUUUCCGCAAUUUUCCUACUCAAUUCGACGCGAAACAUCAGCAUUAUCAGUUUGUGCGGUUCGUACACACAUCUGUUUCGAUUUGCAUUCGAAACUCAGCACACUCACGCACGCGAUAGUUUUCGGUGAUUCGCAAUUUAUUUGUGCUCCAACCCCGUUCAGCCGAUCCAAAAACGUAAUUUAUAAAUUGGGCUGGUUAAAAGGACGCGUCUCACACCCAUUACUUCCCCUCCCCAAUCGUCAUGCGACACACACACCAACAGCACCCAGCAACAACAACAACCCUGCGCGCACUUGAAACAGAAAAAAAUUGUUCGUCGGGCGGGCGGCGGGUGUGGGCGUGCGGCGCGCUCGCCGCUGAACGAAACCCUAGGAAAUUAAAUUCGCGAGCGCGUUGCGCAUCCACCACCGCCACCCACCGGGUAUUUACAUUUAUAUAUAUAUAUAUAUAAACAGAAUCAUAUAUUCAUAACGUUAGCAAACUUUACAUAAGUCUAGUUUAAUGUAAACCGCUAAUUGUAAAUAAAUACAUAUCGAAUUUUUCCGAAUAUAUACAUAAAAUCUAUAUGAAAUAAACAUUAUAUACUAUAUAGUUACAAUACAUAUAUAAAUACAUAGGAACUACAUCUAAGAGAUAGAAUACGACAUAUAAUUUAUAUAUGUAUACAUGAGAACAAAUUUAUUAACUAUAAACAAAUGCAAAUCAAUAUUGUGAACAAAUAAUAGAAGAUAAAUCAAGUUUUCGAGGGGCGUGAUAAAAGAAAAACAAAGAAAAUGAACAAAAAACGUAAUGAUGUCCAAAACUACGGGCUGUAAUAUUUUUGUUAGAGUAUUGUUUCACGUUCAAGACGAUAUGUGAAUAAGUAGAACGGCGUUGAUCGUGAUGGAAAUCGAUUGUUAAUGCCGGACUGUCGAAAUAGCUGAUUUCCGCGGUUGGCUGUUGGCUGCGAACGACGAAAAACAAAAAUAUAAACGCAUUGUGAGGUUGAAACCAAAAAAAAACAUUGUAUACCAAAAUAUUUCCGAAGAUUUGCUAGCAUGCAACGUUGAUGUUAUUUAUUGGUUACUCUUUGUAAAAAAAAGUACACAAAAAAAUAAACGCUUUGAGUUGAUUGUUGUUAAUGAACGCAGAAGGUUCGCUUGGUGGUCGCGAUCGCAGACGAUGUCGUUUGGCGAGCGCGAUUCGACGGCUUGCGAUAUGCACGUGUAAAGCUAACAAUGUUAAUGUAAAUUAAAUUAUCGUAAACGUGUGUAAUGAGAGUGGAGUAAUGAAGCAGCGUGUGUUUCCGUUUCGUACUUGGAUCUUCAAACAUUGUACACGUACUUGCGUAUACACAAUAUUUACAUUUGUAAGGAACUCUAAAUGAAAAACCGAAAAAAAAUGCAUUAAAAAUAAAACGUUUCCAAAAAUCGUUUCGGACCAAUGAAUGUAAACUUAAAAAACAAGAAACUAAAUUUUACUUAUAUUGAUUAUACGGAUAUACUUCGAUUAUUACCCAGGUUAUUGUUAUACUUAAUUAAUUGAUUAUAUAAUGUAAUGUUUACUUAAUUAUAAUUAAGAGGAGAUAAAAAAACAUACAUAUGUAAGAAAUUAUAAAUACUAUAAUGUUAUUAUUGCGUAAUUUGCAUUAAAUAAAGAUAAAUCAAAAGUC